CCUCGCCUUUUCGACGUCUUGCAAUGAUAUAACAGCACAAACGUAUGUGUCGCGCGUGUGUACUGUGUGUAUAUAUAGGGAGAGAUUUGAGAAAAAUGAGAGCUGAAAUCUGUCGAUUUCCAUAGUAUUAGGAGGGCUGAAGGAGAAGGCGAGGCGAGGAACGGAUUGGUUUUGACCCCGCAGAUUCACAUGGCUUUGAAAACUCCGAAACAGCCUCGUGCUUGGAGAUUGUUUUGAUCUUUUCCUCUUCUUUUAAUUGGGACUUUUAAAGCAUCUGUCCAAACGUGUCCAUCGACGAAACUCAUCGCAGGUUUCUCCCCAAUUCCGUCUUUUGCUUUCUGGGGAACAAGAAGAGCCAACCGCCACCCCCAGGAUCAAGCUUUUCCAGAGGCCAAACAGUAUUGGGGGAGUGACGACCAAAACCUUCCCUUGAUUAUUUAUUGCCGAACUUUUCUGGAUUUGCUCUAAGAUUGAGCGCAAGUGAAGAUCUUGGUCGUUUGGGUUUCACAAAUCUGCGUGAUAGCUGAGGAUGAGUGGUGUCCAAGAUCAGUUGGAGAUCAAGUUUCGAUUGACCGAUGGGUCAGAUAUCGGCCCGAAAAGCUUUCCUGCUGCUACAAGUGUUGCCACUUUGAAGGAAAGCAUCCUGGCUCAAUGGCCAAAAGAGAAAGACAAUUGUCCAAGGACCAUCAAAGAUGUGAAGUUGAUUAGCGCGGGAAAGAUAUUAGAGAAUAGCAGAACAGUCGGCGAGUGCCAGAGUCCCCUUGUCGACACUCCUGGUGGAGUUACCACCAUGCACGUUGUUGUUCAAGCACCUAUGGAAAAAGAAAAGAAGGAACUAAACCAACCACAGAAGAAUAGGUGUGGUUGUGUCAUAUUAUAGCUUGGCAGAUUUCGAGUGAAGACAGCAUUGUUUCAGGAAACGAGCGUGAAAGCUGGUACAGAGAACGGUUUUGAGGAAUCCGUGUUCAAUGAGAGGGAGUCGGUACCAUGCAGAUUGUUAUACAAGUCAAUUUUCAUUACUGAUCUUUGGUUUAUUUAUCCUGCCUUUGGCCCCUUGCACUGUAUCAUUUCGACAUACCUUUUCUUCUUUUUUCCAUUUUUCACCGAUUGUUAGCAUUGUAGUUCAUAAAAACUUGGUAUUCAGCAAUAAUCUCAUCUCUUCAGGUUGAAAUUC